UUCACUGAACUUGGCGUUUUUCCUGUCCUGCCCUCUCCUCACUCCAGACUUUUUAUAACUGUUACUCUUUCUGUAAACAACUUCGAUCUCACUUUUGUAGCUUUGAUGUCAUUAUCUUUGCUCCAGUGCUCUUGUUUCAAUGCCUUCUCCGUCCUGGCGCCUUGGUACAGUUAGGUGAUGGACCGGGAGCAGCCGGUGCAACUGAGUGACGAAGAGGUUGUAGUGAUACGUGACCCCAGACACAGGAGGAGGAAGAAGGCCAUCUGCCCUCUGUCCCACACGACCAUGGACCAGGUGUGUGUGGAGUUUGUCUUGCCCACAGCAGCACGUGGAGGGAGCAGUCCUGACACUCUGCAGAUACAGGUGGCUGGCAACUGGACAGUGGAGCAGGUUAAAGCUCAGGUGUGGCUGAAAGCAGUUACAUCAAAUCUGUGUCCGGAGUUUUACCAGAGGUUUUCUCCAGACCACUGCAUCCUCCUGUAUCAGAAGAAAGGCACCGUGUGUGAAAUCUAUGAUAAACACCAAGUCUUCCAAACACUGGACUGCAUUCGCUACUGGAGAGCUUUGAAGAAAGAUGUAGGUCGUAUCCAGAUGAUGCAGCGUCCACAGCCCACAGAGCAGUCAGUGCAGUACCAGCGUUAUCUGAACCACCUGAUAGGCUACGACGUCACAGAUGUGAGUAACGUGCAUGAUGAUGAGCUGGAGUUUACCCGAAGGAAACUGUUGACGCCGCGCAGGAUUGAGUUGAGUGACAGGGACCCCCGCCUCUACUCCAUGGAUCCCUGGGUCACCUGUAAACCACUGCCUCUACACCUCCUCAGCAAGGUCAGUAAUGGCUUUAUCCUGGUGGUCAUUCACAUCCAAACUAUCAGCCAAACUAUUAAAGUCUCUAUUGAAGACACACCAGAGCAGGUACUUUCCAUCUUUUUUGCCAAGACUGCCAACAAAAAAACUCUGUUGGGCAUCCCAGAAAACAUGAGUGAAGAUGAUUACGUGUUACGCGUUUGUGGAAGGGAGGAGUUUCUGUAUGGAGACAAACCUCUGCAGAACUUUAACUGGAUUCGACAGUGUCUGAAAAAUGGAGAAGAAAUUCACCUGGUUUUAGAGAGACCCCCAGAUCCAGAUCUUGACGUGGUCCAAAAAGAGGACUGGGCACAAGUGGAUGACUGCACUGGAGUCGCAGGCACCCAUGAGCAGCUGACGAUUGAUGAGAAGGACCACGAGCGAGUCUUCACCGUCUCCAUGUGGGACUGUAACAGAAAGUUCAGGGUGAAAAUUCUGGGCCUGGACAUUCCCAUUCUGCCCAAAACCUCCGAGCUCAUUGUUUACAUCGAGGCCAGCAUCUUUCACGGACAACAGCUCCUAGCUCAGGAACGAACCACUUCAAAACCAUUCACUGAAGAGGUUUUGUGGAAUUGCUGGUUGGAAUUCAGUAUUAAAAUCAAGGAUUUACCAAAAGGGGCUCGUCUAAACCUCCAGGUUGUGUGUGGGAAACAAAUCCAGACCCCAAACUCCAAGACAGGCUCCGCCUACCAGGAUCAUACAUCUGACACAGCUAGUCGUGAAGGAAAGUGCAAGAAUCGCCUGCUGUACUACGUGAACCUGCUUCUGAUCGACCACCGCUCUCUGCUGCGUCAGGGCGAGUUCAUCCUUCACAUGUGGAAGAUGCCUGAGAAAAGUGAGGAGAGCAGCAGCAGCAUCAACGCAGACAAGCUAACCUCUGCUACCAACCCUGACAAAGCUUCAUCUAUGGCUAUCUCAAUCCUGCUGGACAAGUACUGCUACCCCGUGGUGCUACCCAAGAGUCGGGACACGGGCAGAGACGUGCCACGUGACGCUGGAGGAGGGGAGGAGGGUGAGGGAGGGGUGAGAGGGCAAAGGGAGAUGCCCAAUCAUCUGAGGAAACAGUUUGAGGCCAUAGUGAGCACGGAUCCUCUGCACCCGCUCAGCCCAGAAGACAAGGAGCUGCUGUGGCACUUCCGACAUGAGUGUAUGAAGCACCCCAGAGCAUACCCAAAGCUGCUGGGCUCGGUCCGGUGGGGUAAACAAGAGGACGUUUUGGCAACACACCGGCUGUUGGAGCGCAGCAGUGCAUGGGACACAAGUGGUCUGGAUGUGGGCCUGGCCAUGCAGCUGUUAGACUGUCACUACUCAGACGCUCAGGUUCGCUCGAUGGCUGUGAGGAAACUGGAGACUUUAGAAGACGAUGAUGUGCUCCGAUAUCUGCUACAGCUUGUACAGGCUGUGAAGUUUGAGCCCUACCAUGACAGUGCCCUGGUCAGGUUCCUGCUGAAAAGAGCUCUGAGGAGUAAGCGUAUUGGGCAUUUCCUAUUCUGGUUUCUGCGUAGUGAGAUCGCUCAGUCCAUGCACUAUCAGCAGAGGUACGCUGUGCUGCUGGAGGCCUAUCUCAGAGGCUGUGGGGAGGCCAUGCUGCUUGACUUCAGGAAACAGGUGGAAACGACAGAGGCUUUGCAGAAAGUGACUCGUGAGGUUAAGGCCAUGUCAGCAGACAAAUAUGACAUCACUGCUCAAGUGGUGUUUCAACUGCGUCAGAAGCUGGAGGCACUUCAAUCGUCUGGGUUACCAGAAAGUUUCAGAGUCCCCUAUGAUCCAGGACUGAGGGCCGGAGCGUUACUGAUUGAGCAGUGUAAAGUGAUGGCAUCUAAGAAGAAGCCGGUGUGGUUACAGUUCAAAAGAGCGGAUCCCACCACUCUGUGUAAAGACCCCAUAGGGAUCAUAUUUAAGGACGGGGACGACCUCAGACAAGACAUGCUCAUACUGCAGAUUCUGCUGAUCAUGGAGUCCAUCUGGGAGACUGAGUCCCUGGAUCUUUGCUUGUUGCCCUACGGCUGCAUCUCCACCGGCAACAGGAUAGGGAUGAUUGAGAUUGUGAAAGAUGCCACAACGAUUGCCAACAUCCAGCAGAGUGUGGUUGGCAGCACUGGGGCUUUUAAAGAUGAGAUCCUGUACCAAUGGCUCCGGGACAAGUGCGUCAGUGAAGACAAGUUCCAGCAGGCCGUAGAGAGGUUCCUGUUCUCUUGUGGAGGAUACUGUGUGGCCACUUAUGUCCUCGGGAUUGGAGAUCGCCAUAACGACAACAUCAUGAUCACCGAGUCAGGAAACCUCUUUCACAUCGACUUUGGCCACAUCCUGGGAAACUACAAGAGCUUCAUGGGCAUCAGUAAAGAGUGGGUACCAUUUGUGCUCACUCCUGACUUCCUCUACGUGAUGGGAACAUCAGGAAAGAAGAGCAGCCCAAACUUCCAGAAAUUCCAGGAUGUGUGCGUCAAAGCAUAUCUCGCUCUUCGACACCACACAAACCUCCUCAUCAUCCUCUUCUCCAUGAUGCUCAUGACUGGAAUGCCCCAGCUGACCAGUAAAGAGGACAUCGAGUACAUCCGGGAGGCUCUGACCGUGGGCCGCAGUGAUGAUGAGGCACAGCGCCACCUGCUGGACCAAAUUGAGAUAUGCAGAGAAAAAGGCUGGAUGGUUCAGAUCAACUGGUUUGUUCACUUGGUGCUCGGCAUAAAACAGGGAGUGGAAAAAAGAUCUACCUAGGAUUCACUGUCAAAAAUCGCAUGCAAGGUCCAUGUUACAAUAAGGAUGACUAUUGACCUUAAUGAAUCAAUGUGCUAAAAGAUAAUGUAAAUAAAUUAUAUGCUAUUGCAAUUGUGCUAAUUCUGCUAAGAUACUGUUACUAGUUCUCAUUGUGAUUUUUUCACAGAUUAUUGGCCUGCCUCUUUAAAACUCAGGAUGAUUAAAUUGAAAACAUGUAAAUUUUCUAUUCUAUUUAAAGUAUAACAUUAAUAUUAUUUCCUAUUUGACCAAACCAGAAUGUAUUGUUGUAAUAUUUAUUCAUGUAGAAAACCAAGAAAGUUCUUAAACUGUAGAAAAAGAAGUAAAAUACUGGAACUUAAAUAUUAUCAAAACAUAUCAUUGAAAUGUUCUUACCAUGUUACAUUAGCACCUGCUGGUCAGUGCUUUUUAUGUUUACACAGUCGUGCCACUGGAAGAAGUAACAUUUAGCGCCUUUUAAAUGUUUUAUUAUGUGAAAGCUCAUCUUUUUGUCCAAGUUAAUUAUUACCAAGUUGAAAUAGCUGAAAUUAUUUGAUAUAUUUUUGUCAAUUAUGAGUUUUAUCAACCACAACCAUGGCUGGAACAGCAUCUGUGAACCGUUUUUAUUUUAUAUACCAUCUGUAUGAAUCCAAUUCCAAUAAACUCACUGUACAUGCUCUAAGUGACCACAA